AUGCCAAGGAAAAUAGCCGAGGAACUCAAAAAAUGCAUGAAUGAUAUAAGAAAAUAUGUUGAAAGCAGCAAGCCGCCAAGAGAGCAGAUAAACUUGAAGAAAAAGAAAGUCGGGCUCUUGGGAGGAUGUGUCAAGAAACAUCGUUUGCCAUUCAAACAUGCAAUCAGAAUGAUAGAGAAGCGUAAAGAAAAAGUAAUUGCAAAGCGUGAAAUGCUGGCAUCCAUAGGCGUGUCUAAGAAAAGAUCGAGAUAG